GCAAUGCUCUUUUACCAGUAGUUAAAAUGAAGUUAAUUCACCGAGGAUGAAGUGAAGCUGUUUCGAAAUGGAAGCAGAUGAUCCUCUUUCUUUGAGGAAUCAGAUGAACAUCUCGGCGGCUUUUACCAACAUCUCACCAACAAUCACAGGACCCGCCGAGCGCGCGCCCGCAUCCUCUUACGACAUGCUAAUCACAUCCAUACUCGGCACAAUUUUAACCAUCAUGUGUUUCGUGGGCAUAACUGGAAACGUUUACACCUUGAUCAUCGUGAACACCUCCGUGCGCGUAACUGGAUCGAUGUAUGUCUACAUAGUGAACUUGGCUCUGGCGGACCUGCUGUACCUCUCCACCAUUCCGUUCGUGGUCUGCACGUAUUUUGCGAAAGACUGGUACUUCGGGGACGUCGGAUGCCGCCUUCUGUUCAGCCUGGAUUUCGUCACCAUGCACGCGAGUAUCUUCAUCCUGACCGUCAUGAGCACGGAGCGAUAUCUGGCCGUCGUGAACCCGCUCGACACCUUCGGACGUUCCCGGCGUUACCGGCGCGCGGUCACUGUUCUCGUGUGGCUCUUCUCCUUCAUCCUUGCCUUGCCGUCCAUGAUCUUGAUUGACCUCAAGAUAGACGUGCAAGAUGGAGUGGAGAAGCGCAUGUGCCACCCGACCUGGCAGAUGACCGCGUACCGGGUGUACCUCACCGUUUUAUUCAACACCUGCAUCUUGGCUCCUGGAUUAAUCAUUGGCUACCUCUACCUGAAAUUAGCCCGGAUUUACUGGCUUUCUCAAACCUCAGUGUUCCCCUCUAGAGAAGUUAAGAGGUGUCCUAAGCAGAAGGUAUUAUAUAUGAUCUUCACCAUAGUUCUGACCUAUUGGGCGUGUUUUUUACCCUUCUGGUUGUGGCAGUUGCUCAGUAUCUACUAUUACGCACACAGAGGACUCUCCAGCUAUACUGUGGUGUACAUUAACUUCAUUGUGACUUGUUUGGCGUACAGUAACAGCUGCAUCAAUCCUUUCUUGUACACUUUGCUGACUAGGAAUUAUCAGGAAUAUGUGAGGGACAGGCAGAAAAACAGCAUCGAGUUUAAGAAGAGAGUCAGACUGUCUUCGCAAAGGUCUUUGUCUCUUUUGGGUCCAAACAGUUCUGCAAUUCUGUGA